AUGUUAAAACCAGUGCGAGCGUCCCCCGAGCCGCGGCGAGCACCGAGUAUCCUGGAACCACCUCAUCACGUGGACUUCACUAAUGACACAGGGACCUUGCUCAGCUGCGCCACAAGGGGAGACUAUCAGUUGGACUGGCUGCUCCCAGAUAACACGGUGGCUGGUUCCCUAAAGGGUCUGCGACGGGUUCUGGCAAAUGGGUCUCUAGAACUGUCUCCCUUCCCCGCUGAGCACUACAGGAGGGAUGUCCACGCCACCACAUACAGAUGUCGAUUACGACUCAGCAGCGGGUUCGCCAUACUCUCCAAGAACAUUCAUGUACAUGCUGCACUAAACAUACCGUGGGAGAUCCACGUACCAGACGAGUAUGUGAUGGCGGGGAACGCAGCAGUCCUGCGGUGCGUGGUGCCGCCACACUGCGCCGACCGCGUCAGCAGCACCGACUGGUUCACUGACGACCAGACCAAUGUGCCGCAUCAUUUAGGGUCUAAGUACCAGCGUCUAGACGACGGCUCGUUGUACAUAAGUGGUGUGAGCCCACGAGACCGGCACAACGCGUUCCGGUGCCGCGUACGGGACCGGAUCACCGGGACCUUGUAUACUAGCCCUUAUUUUGGUCAUGUAAUAGUGACAGAACCAAAAGGUGGCGUGAGGCCGCGGAUGGCGAUAGAGCCGCGCACGCGCCGAAUACAAGCCGGGCAUGAUGUCCGACUACCAUGUGCUGCGCAUGCAUGGCCUGUGCCUAGCUACAGGUGGUUUCGCGAGCACCACGAAGAGCUGGUCCCCAUAGAGAAGACAUCUCUAUGGUCUCGGGCGCGGCUCCUUGGUAGUGGUCUGCUGAGCCUGCAAUCGCUGCGGCGUGAAGAUGCUGGCCGCUUCGUCUGCUGGCUCAACAAUACUGUAGGGGGAGAAUCCGUGCACUUUACACUUAUAAUCACAGAACCCAUCUCCGUCCGAAUAAAACCCGAAGUGGUGCGAACGAAAACGAAUGCUGACGUCACGUUUGAAUGUAAAGUGUCCGGGCAUCCAAUAGAACUUGUCUAUUGGGUCCACGACGCUAAAGUUAUCAAACCAAACGAGAGAAUAAAAAUGUCUGAAGACGGCCUAAGAUUACAUAUCAAGAAUUCUCAGAAGGAAGACCAAGGAGUUUAUCAAUGCUUUGUUAGUAAUACAAAGGAUCAGGCUUAUGGAGUCUCCGAGUACUUAAUAGAUGAAUCGAAGCCGGAGCUCGUCUAUUGGUUCUCGGAACAAACUCUGCAGCCAGGACCGAGUGUGUCCUUGAAAUGUGUGGCGAUGGGUCAUCCUCCACCACAGUUCACAUGGCUACUUGAUGGAUUCCCUAUUCCAACUAAUUCUAGAUUCGUAGUGGGCCAGCACGUGACACUACAGGACGACGUGGUCAGCCAUUUGAACAUCAGUCGUGUGACAGAACAAGAUGGCGGCGAGUACGCUUGCGUCGCAGCUAACAGUGCCGGGAAGGCGCUGCACGCUGCCCGCGUCAACGUGUACGGGCUUCCGUACAUACGAGAGAUGCCUAAAGUGACAGCCGUCGCGGGCAGCGAUCUGAAUAUAAAGUGCCCAGUCGCCGGGUACCCGAUCGAGUCAAUCACGUGGGAAAGAGAUGGCCAAAAUCUGCCUUUGAACAGAAGACAGAAGGUGUUUCCGAAUGGCACGCUGAUCGUGGAGCAGACACAGAGAGGAGAAGAUGCUGGUACCUACACCUGCCAGGCAGCUAAUAGACAACGACACGCUGCCAGGCGUGAUGUCGAAGUACAGAUAUUAGUUCAGCCAAAAAUCUUACCCAUACCGGCGUUAACAAAUUUACUACGCGAAGGCAUGAGAGCGGCUAUAUCCUGCCAGAUCUUGGAAGGUGACCUACCAGUAGCAUUUCGAUGGGAGAAAAAUGGCCAACCGGUGACGUCAUCACCAUACGCACCAAGUGGUAUCAUUACAAGAAGAAUGGACGAAUACAGCGCGUCAUUAGUUAUAGAGCAGGUGACGUCACUACACAGCGGGAAUUACACGUGCAUUGCGUCUAAUGUUGCUGGGUCAGAACGGUACACUAUACCGCUAACAGUCAAUGUACCACCUCGAUGGCGGUUGGAACCUAACGAUGUGGCAGUAGCUGCCGGUCAAGACGUGACAUUACAAUGCCAAGCUGAUGGAUACCCGAAACCGACCAUUACGUGGAAGAAAGCAGUUGGUAACACUCCUGGCGAAUACAAAGACUUCAUGUUUGAAGGGAGCUCAAGGGUCCUGGAGAAUGGCUCGCUCGUGUUCGAGCGAGUCGCCAAAGACAGCGAGGGACAUUAUCUUUGUGAAGCUAGAAACGACAUAGGCGCCGGAUUGAGCAAACUCAUCUUCAUAAAAGUCAACGCACCAGCAAGGUUUCCAAUGAAGAGUAAAACAGUGCAGGUAACAGCUGGAGAAGCUGCUCACUUGCAGUGUGCUGCAUCGGGAGACUCACCUUUGGAAGUCAGCUGGCGAAGUCCCCAUCAUCACACUAUUGCACAUCAUUUGGAUCAAAGAUAUACAAUACGAGAACAAGUGCUGGACGAUGGCUUGGUGUCUGAGUUGAGCAUCCUACAGACUUACCGACAAGAUACAGGAGCACUGACCUGCCGAGCUUCUAAUGCCUAUGGACAGGAUGAAAUGUUGAUACAUCUUGUUGUCCAAGAGGUUCCUGAAAUGCCAAAAAAUAUAAGGAUCAUAGAUCAACAGUCUCGUUCCAUACAAAUAUCAUGGACUCAACCGUAUGCUGGCAAUAGUCCUAUCAUCAACUACAUAGUGCAAUAUAAGGAAGCACCAGAUUCUUGGCCAACGACACCGCAAAAAGUGAUAGUCCCGGGCAGUGUAACCUCAGCCAGCGUGCAGAACCUUCAACCAGCGACGUCAUACCAUCUCAGAAUAAUAGCAGAGAACAGACUGGGACAGAGCGAGCCAAGUCAGCUGAUACAAGUCACUACGACUGAAGAGGUCCCUAGCGGACCGCCAUUGGACGUCCGAGUAGAGGCGAAAAGUUCUACGGAGCUAAUUCUAAACAGCAACAGCACAGUCCUAAGCGCAAGUGGUCCCGGUGGGGCUUCCUACACAGUUCGUACGGUAGAAGGAGCUGGAACUGCUCGGGCACGGACCACGUUAUCAGGCCUCCAGAAGCACGCAGCGUAUGCUGUAGUCGUGCAGGCUUACAACAGUAGAGGUGCAGGUCCUGCUUCACCUCCUACUACUGCUACUACUAUGGAGGAUGUUCCAAGUUUACCACCAGGAGCGUUACAAUGCACAGCUUUAAGUUCUCAAUCAGUUCGCGUCGCUUGGGAACCUCCCCCUCUAAGAGGACGCAAUGGAGUAUUACAGGGAUACAGGGUCACUUACGCACCAGUCACAGAUUGGUAUGGGAAUGAAGAAGCGGUGACGAAACAAAUAUCGGGACUACAUACGACGCUAUCUGGUCUAAGGCGAUUCACGAAUUAUUCGGUCACGGUGUGUGCCUUUACGGCUGCUGGUGAUGGGGUCAGAGCUGCGCCUGUAUACUGUCAUACGGAGGAAGAUGUACCCUCAGCACCAGCUGACAUCAAAGCAGUUGUGUCAUCUCGCAAUAAGAUCUUGGUAUCAUGGCUGCCGCCCGCAGCACCUAACGGAGUCCUCGUCGGCUACACUCUGUAUAUGAGCGUCAUUGAAGAUGGACGAGAGGAGGGAACUCACAAACGCAUGCUGUCUCCAAGUACCUUAUCCCACGAGACAUCGAGAUCACCGCCGCGAGCUACUCACCAAUUCUGGGUGUCAGCUUCAACGAGGCUCGGAGAAGGAGAAGCUACUAGAGUUGUCACGGUGUUACCUUCUGAAUCAGUGCCAGCUCGGAUAACAUCUUUCAGCCGAAGCAUCGUAACUCCUUGGAAAGAGAACAUAUCGCUGCCUUGCAAUAAAGUCGGAGUACCAGUUCCAUCCACCACGUGGAGUAUGAAUGGAGCUACCUUGGAGUCGACACUUAGGAAAAAUGUCACCAGCGACGGUUCUUUGGUCAUCAGCAUGACGCAGUACUUGGACAGUGGGAACUACACGUGUUCUGUUGAAAACGUUCACGGUCGGGACGAGGUCACAUACAGCGUUGAAGUGAAGGUGCCUCCUCAACCGCCCGUGUUGGCUGUUGUGGAUUCCUACGCGGACUCUCUACAUCUUCAGUGGAGCGACCAGGGUGACGGUGGCAGCCCUAUAUUAGGUUACGUUAUAAACUACAAACGAGAACAUGGCGACUGGGAGGAGUUGCAAGUGGAAGCUGGGACGUCUGAACACGUGCUGCCAAACUUGUGGUGCGGGACGAGAUACCAACUGUACAUCACUGCCUUCAACCGCAUCGGCACGGGCCUGCCGUGUGAUAUUGUGCACGCGUACACUAAGGGCACUGUUCCUGUAAAACCGAAGCACUCUCAAAUGAUAACUCUGAACACUACGACGGUGACGGUGUGGCUCGACUCGUGGGGAGACGGUGGCUGUGGUAUUCUCUACUUCGUCAUUGAAUACCGAGAGAUCAGUCAAUCACAGUGGCGACUUGUAUCAAAUAGUGUUCAAGCAACAGAACGAGUGUUUAGUGUGCCUGGUCUAACGCCAGCGACUCACUACCAGCUCCGAAUCACAGCACACAACAACGCAGGACACGCUGUAGCACUCUACAACUUCACCACUCAUUCACUUAGCGGUACGGUGCCCGCAGUGGUGGAGGGCGAAGUGUCGGGCGCGGCGGCGGGCGCGGGGCGCGGGCUGGGCGGCGCGCGCGUGCUGCUGCCGGCCGCGCUGUCGCUGCUGGUGCUGGGCGCGCUGCUCGCCAUCGUGCUGCUCGUGCGCAGGAACAGUCAGUACACUACCUUUGAAGCUGGUACCACAGAGACGGUGGCCACAGAGAGUGGAGUGGGCGAGUCUCCGUCUGUGGCCCAGCUACAGAACAAAGUGAACCGCGACCAGCAGUACCUGGCCGCCAGGGCACAACACCCACCUCCACAACACCAUUACAAACAUGCUUCUAAUGAGUACAUAGAAGACAUAUGCCCGUACGCGACGUUCCAGCUGACGAAGCCGACGGCGUACAGCGAGAGCAGCUACAGCGGCAACGUGUACAGCGGUCCCUACCACUCUGUGAGGGGGUCCUUCGUGUACCACGACCUUAAGCAGAAUGACAAAUAUAAGGGCAAGGAGCCAGAGUACACAAAAGUACGAAGAAAAGGCAACAGACUGCGAGACCCACACUCCGAGAGCCAAGAGUCGGACAACUUGGGCUCGACGGACUCGGAGGUGAAGAAGAUACUAACGCUGCACCUGCCCAUUACAGAGUAUGAAGACGACGCGAGUGACGACGCCAGCGCGCCGCACUCCGACAGUGAGCCGCAGGCCAGGCUCAGACCUGCACACCCCACCGCAUAUCCAAGCGUAGAGCGCGAAGAAUCAUCGUCAUCAUCAGAAAAUUCAGUGGGGGGAGUAGUGAGGAAAGCAUUUCCUUCUCGUAAGGGCAAGGCGGGGGCACUAGGCAAGCGACAUGUGCGCUCGUCUUCAGGGUACAGCAGCCAUAAUGACGAGACCACCUUCAGUAUAUCGAACUACCCGUCAUUCAAUGAGCACAUUCAUCCGCCGUCUCGCUUCUCGGACGACACUGAGUGCGAGGGACAUCAUCGACGAAAGAGGGCGCCACACCCACAUCCACAUCCCUCACACCCUCAGCACACCGCACACGAUCCCAAAGUUACUCGAGAAGCCUUCCAAAUCAACGUUUGAACAUAGCCGCAAUUUGAACGACUUAACGGCAUUAUUAAAGAUGGCGUCUUGUGGACAGCCAAUCAGAACAGAUUUAAUUGACGUUUGUUAAAUGUCAAGCUUGUUCUGACCAAUGACGUUCGUACGCUAGAGGCGCCAUCAAAGACAGCCUCGUCAUGAAAAGACUAAAGUGAAUGAUUUUGAUAUUUUCAAAAUUAUGAUCUUGUAUCUAUGUAGAUACUUAUUGGAGAGUAUAUAUUUAGAUUUUGUUACUCUGUAAGAGUAGGUAAUAAGGCAUGGUCAAUCUGAAUUAAUUUAUUCAACAAUACUGCACUGCUGAUCUGAAUUUGAAGUUCCAAAGAAAGGGUUAGGUACUACCUAUAUUUAUUCAACACUGCCAUAGACGCGUUUUAAGUUUAGAUGAAUUUAUAAACGAACUAUAAAGUUACUCAGUUAUAUUGUUACUUAUUUCCUUGGUCACGGGUUUUCUACUUUGUAAGGGAAUCGCAUAGACCUUCCAUUUAAUACUGUUGCUACUGUAUAUUGGUUGGUACAUUUUUACUACAAGUUGCCAAACUCCACAGAACUUCCAUAUUUACUAGACGUGUACAUAAAGUGUAGAUAGAUAGAGAUAGCCAAUAUAAUUAUAUUUAUUCUUUAGUGCCACGUAUAAUAGCGUAACUCAUUAAUCCUUUUUGUACUCUGAAACCGAGUAUUUUAAAAUAUAACGGUUUCGACUACCGUUAAAGUUGUAGGUUCUAAAACCGUUGGUCGUUGUGUAAAUAAUAAUAUAAUUAAUGCUAAGUACACUAAUGACUAUCGAAUAUAAAAAAUAAGGAGAACAAUAAUUAAAAUAAAAAUAUAUAUUUUAAACUUAAUGCCUUAUUGACCAAAAGUCUUAAAACUAGUUACGGAUGUAAUUGCGUAAUUAUAUCCCAUAUUUAAUUAAAUACGAAUUGUUUGAUUGUUGUAAAGUUUAUGAGAACGGGAAUGUUUUCAUUGGCAAAUCUUAUCAUUGUCUAUUACAUUAAGGUUUUGGAGUGUGUAAAUGAAUUUUCAAGUAAAUAUUUAUAUCUUAGGAUUAUGAUAAGUAUUUGUUGAAGUGCCAACGACGAACCGCAUUCUGUGAGCAUGCAAGGGAAUACUUGUAAAUGUAUACAGCACACCGUUUACACAAAAACUUUAUUCAGACAUUUCUACGAUUUAUUGAACGACUAUUGUACCGAACUUUCGAACUAAGCUUAAACUAUCCUCCCAGACUGCUUCGAUGAAAUUUUAUUUAAUUUCUCCUGUUCAUGUACUCAAAAAUAUUUGCUUAUUGUCGACAAUGAUACCUACCUAUUGUAUUAUAGUAUACAACGGAUCGUUUUGAACGCGUAUAACUACCGAAAAGUUAAGAAUUUGUUACAUAUAUUUACAGACAGUUUAAAUAUUGUACUACAAGUUUAAAAUACAUACUCUUUUUUAUACUUUCGCUUUGUUUUACAGUUGUUAAAAUAUGCGGGUUCAAAACAAUCCCCCAUAAAUAAAUUCGCGCAUUAUAAUCGUUGUAAAAUAAUGAUAGUAUUACGCAAUCCUCAGUGAACAGUAAAACGUGACAAUACACUUAUCUAAAUAACGGCAGACAUUUACAAUUUGUAUGUAAAUUAUUCAGAGGUGUUAGUACGAGUUUCUUUUACGUUUAAAUUAAUCGUAACGAGUACGCGUUCGGCGUUGUGAUUGGCCGGCUCCAAUCAACCAACCAAUCAGAGCGCUGGACGCCGUCUCGUUUCGAUUACUUUAAACGAAAAAGAAACUAGUACUAAGACCUCUGUAUUAUGUAGGAAUAGUUUACGAGUGUUGACAAACAUACUCAGUUUGUAUUCAUCAAGAUGUUUUCAAUUGAGUUUAUAAUCGUUUACAAUAUUAAUCGUUUACGUUGACACUCUUUAGUAAUUCCAACGAAGACUGCCCUAUAUUUAAUUGAGAUCUAUUUUAUAUAAUCUAGACACAUUACUUAAUGCUAGUCAGUACGAUGUAGAUUUUGUUAGUGAUCGUCAAGUAAUGGUUUUAAUGCGUUAAUGUUACAAUCAUAUGCAGAGCCGUAUUAUGCGUAAGGCACACUAGGCAAGUGCCUAAGGCGCCAGGGUACAGUGGGACGCCGGGAGACGCGUGAGCCUAAAUGUCCAUAGAGUACGGCGGCA